AUGACUGCCCCCAAAACUAACGAUGAAGAUGAUCCCUCGGGUCCUCAGACUUCUCAGUCUUCUCAGUCCAGCUCUCCUACAAAGAAACACAUCCCCAGUGCUUCUACAGGGUCAACACCAGUCCGUAAAGCUGCUAUACCUAACAAAGAUGGCACUCCCAGAGCAACCCCGGGCGCUGUGCGUCCGCGAUCCGCCACCACAAGAACACAUCCGACCCUUCUCAGCGACUUCCUAUUGGGUCGACCGUCUCCAGCUCGAGUCGCCGCGGACAGACAAGCGGCACGGGAGGCAGCCCAGGCUAGGCGAUUAAGUUUAGAAAUGGUAAAGCAUGAGAUGCGCCAGGCGGCUGUCAUGCGAGUCCAAGCACCAGGUGGCGUUCAUGACCGAGUUAAAAAAUGGCAAAAGGCAAAUCUCGCGGCCAUAGCCGGUGCUGAUCCUUUCGCUACCCCCUCCGAACCGAGCGAAAUGAAUAUACAAGUAGACGACGAAAGCGUCACCGAAGAAGACCGGAUGAGAAUCAAAGCACGGCAAAAGAAGUCUACGCCUAAAGUUGCAGCUGGGCGCAAGACUGACGGUGGUGAAUCCAGCAAAGGCAGUCAAGAGGAUAUUCGACUCUCGAAUCCGCCUAAGAAGCGAGUUGUUAGUGAUACCAAUUGGAUGAAGAACAAGAAAAAUAAUCCAUCGAGGAGUCGAUCGCCAAAACCGAAGCCAGACGAGAGCACCGGUUCCCCUAUACCCAAAGACUUUCUAGCACGCACGGCUGCCAACCCUUCCGUCUCUAAAAAGGUCAAAGACUGGGCUAAUAAAGUUGAGGUUCCCAGCGAGGUUUCUAGCAAUCGCCAUAGCAUACCAGGGCGACCCAAAUCAUCUUGCAGCGGGGACGGAAUCCGAGUUAGACCUAUUCCGUCUGAUAAUGAUAAUGCAAGUGGAAGAUCGUCUGCUCGUAUUACGGUCAAAUCGAACGGUUCGAGAAAGGGAAAAGAACCAGAGGGCGAUGGUAUUCGUGUGAAGCCUAUUCCGAGUGAGAAGGAUACUGCAAGUGAAAUAACGGAGUCGUCUCGUGUUACAUCCGUUCCUUCGAAACCCCAGGCAUCAAAACCAUACGAGGACGAUGGCAUUCGGAUCAGACCUGGCCCGAGUGAUAAAAGUAUGGCAAGCGGAACAUCGGAUUCUACUCGUACCACAGAAUCGCCUAUGCCACCAAAGCAGCAGAGCCAGGAGAGCGACCGUCUCAAGCCCAAGUCGACACGGAAGCAGGCACAACAUGAUGAGGGCUUCAAAAACAGGUCACGCCAGACGUCUACCUCAAAGUAUCAGGCCAAGGUCUCCUCCCAUCCUCAUGACUCAGAUGGCGCGACCACUGUUCGAGCCUCUUCGAGGCAAUCCUCUCAAAGACCAAGCACUCGUGGAACUAGUACUCAUAGGGAUUUAUCACCAUCGGACAUGGAGGUGGCAGAAGAACUGAAACCAGAAGGACUUCGAAUACCAGCAAGAACGAGUUCGAAGAUGCCUGCGAAAAUGCCAUCGAAGAAAGAAAAACAUGUCGAAAGACCUAGGAGGAAAGAUUAUGAAGACACCGCUACUGUGAUGACAGAGGAAGUAUCUGACAGUGAUUCCUGGUCGAGCGACUCUGUAUCAGAUAUGCCAUUCAGUGACCUACAACAGACCCUAGCAGAUAUACCCGUCGGAUACUCUGCAUUUAGUGAGCUUGACUUGGCUACUGGUUCGAAAAAACGGAAUGUUAGACCAAAGACCAAGCGACAGCCUAGCUUCAAGGGCGCUACUAACGUCUUGAAAAAAGCGCUAACGGAAGGCAAGAAAAUUCUAACUGAAAAAGUCGAACACCCUAAGCCGGUUGCCAACCAGCCACCCAACAUCGAGACGUGGUUGAAAGCCACCCUUGACCCUUUUGUUGAUUCAUCGUCUGUACCCGAACCCCAACAUAACCGAAAUCCAGAGGAUGAAUGGGUAGAUGAAAGCAGUGCACGGCACUCUACUCCAUCAAAGCCUAAGCCUAAGCCUGCUCGUGUCACAAGUCCGUCCGAUUUCAGCAAAAGUGAAGGAACAGUCGAAUCAAGGGAAACUGAGAAGCCUGAGUUUGAGGAGCCAAGUAGGGCCGACUCCACAACUCCCACCCCAGCUGGUCUGAAAAGGAGCCGGGCUACUCGACUCUCUUCUACUCCCUCUAAGAGUAGCAGUAAAAGGGGACUGAAAGAAAAACUCAUAGAUGCGUUCCGAGGUGAAUCCACUGGCCACAGCCCGCCACCGUUGGAGUAUCCGAGUUGCCCUGAAGUCGUAGACCUCGACGAAGAGCAUGAGGGCGAGCACCGUGAGAGACAUCGUUCUUCUGGCACCAGAAGAAGCACAUCUCCGGACGAUUAUGAUUCAUCAGGGUCAUCUGAACUAACACAAACUGCACCAUCACCUGUCCAAAGCAAACGUAAACCCCCUACCAAUGGCUUUCACGAACUAUCAACAAUCAUAUCCGAAGAAUCGCGCAGCACAUUCCCUUCUGAACUAUCCUCUGAAGUGUCUCAAUCAACUAUAACGGAAAGCACUAACCUGACGAGGAAUUCGGCAUUGUCUCGGAGAAGAAGCCAAAGACCUGGUCUCAAGAGAAGACUCACAAAGCACUCGGAUUUAAUAUCGGUUCUAUCGCUACCUGAUGAUGCUUCAGGACCUCCCAGAACUAGAAGUCGUCGCUCAGCACGUAGUGUAAGACGACCAUCUACCCGUCUUGGCGGUGCCACUAUAGAUGGGCUCCUGCUAGAAUUUGACGACGAUGAGGAUCUUUACAUGCGAGAGCUCAAGACUCUCGUAGAUGGAGUCAUUCCAGUCCUCCUAACACAAUUCGUAAACAACACCAGCAGGGCACGUCAAGAUCUCUUUGGAUCGCCCCCACAAAAAUACAAGGAGGAUACCCUAGACAAUGCUGUUGUCAAUAUGGGUAUUAUCCUAGACAGCUUAAGGAACCACCAUCGCCUAUGUCCCCCACUCACUGAUCUGCACAGGCUCAUCGGAUGGCUUGAGUCUGUUCACUCUAUUUAUAACAAUUACCUUGAUGUCUGGCGCCUUGGCUUCCAAGGCAUCAUUGUCAACCUAGCGCCGAAAUCGUUUGACGAUGGCGACUCUCUUAUCAAUGCAAUGCCUCGCAACGAACAGGGCGACGUCCUUAAUGAGGAUGGAGAACGUAUCGAUGUGGCUCACCUGCUAAAGCGCCCUCUAGCCCGUAUUAAAUGGAUAACCAAAUUCAUCAAGGGCUACCAAUCAAUUUCAGGGAGCAAGGGGCUCGAGGCUCUUGUUGCGAAAUGGGAGGUACUACAAGAGAAGGCGAAACGAAGACAUAAGGAGGAAAAUGCCAGAGUCGUGGACGAAGACGCGAAAAACAGCGACACAUCUCGAACUCGAGAUUUACGGACGUUAGAAGCUCUCGAGAAUAUCAAGGUCGACCGCUUCCGGCAAGUCUUCGCCAAGGAUACCUUCGACUUAGACCUACGACAUUCGAAUGGACAACGGCUCGAGUGCCAAGUCGAACUCAUAAUUAGAGACAAUCAAGUUUUCAAGUCCGACCCAGGAGAUCUACUUAUCAGGGAAACCGGCAAUAGCGGACGUUCAUGGCUACUAUUUGCCCCCAUUCUCGGGGGUCGAUUUUCAGCCCGGACCGGAGACAACAAACAUCAGUUAGUCGUCAUGAUCAGAGGCUCCAGGGAUGAAUGGUUCGAACUUCUGUCCUUGAAAACGGACAAUAAAGAGCAAGUUCUGGAUUGGCUAAACAUGCUGGGACAUGCUCCAAUCCCGCCUGCGAUCAAAGAGCCAACACCGUCGACAUCGCAGCCAAAGGUUCCGUCACCAAAGUCCGCAGCUAAUGAGAUUCCCUUAGGCGAAAGCAAGCUAGGCCGGAAGCUUGUUCUCUCUCGAUCAUCCACGAAGCCCGCCGAAGAUCAUGUUGAACCAACCCCUCAUAAACAAAGUCGUCCUACCACACCGACUUCCGCACACCAGAGCGAGGCUUCAACUCCGUCACCCGAGAGGACACCAACACGAGAUACAUAUCUCAAAGCCGAACGUAGAUCAGAUGAUACAGAUGAGGAUUACUUACAUUCAUUUGGUAAUCACGAUGAUCUAGCAUUUAAGAAAUCACCUCCGAACAGCAAACCUUACCGCGACGAUGGUGCGCCACCUCCCCCUGUCCACCGGAGUUUUAAAUCCAAGAAAGCACCUGUGCUUUCUCCUCCAGUUGAUCAGAAUACCGCACGACUUAAGCGCCGGACCUCUUCUCCCUUAAAGCACGAAUACCACCCAUCAGAUGUUUCCUCCGAAGGCUCCACGUCGCCAAUAUCCGGAUCUGAGGAUGAAGAUUCGGUUUCUGACGAAUCAUCUGACGACGAACUAGAGGCCGUCGACAUACCCGAUACCACGCCUGCUAUUAGUAUUAAGAAAAACACCAACCCCUUUACUGAGUCAAUCUACUCGGAAAGUACCACCAGCUUUUCUCCCUCAGUAUCAGCAUCUCAAGAGGACGUGUCUAAAUCGGAAGUCAAGCAACCUGAAUACGUCAUUAAAUCCGUCGCUUCUAUUUCUUACUGGGAUAAUAAGCAUGGACGUUGGCAAGAUCUUUGGCCAGAUCUGUGUUCUAUCGUUACGACACCUGGUCUCAUCGAGGCGUACCCUUAUCGAAGAACGCACUCCUCUUCCGGCAGUCCCGGACAAGAGGACCCACCUCUAAUCGCUCUUGAUCUUACACCCUUAGUUAUGCUUCGGAAUAGUACAGUUGUCGACUUGGAGAUACGAUCUCCUGUCUUAAGCUAUUCCAGGCUCCAUGCGAAAGUAGUCAAAUAUGACACCUCGUUCUUUCGCUUCCGAGUCCAGUCCAUCCCCGACUGCGAAUCCCUUUAUAUGGCAGUUCACCGAGCCCGUAUGGACAAUGCAAAGUACAAGGCACUCGAGGAGGAAACCCGUGUUAGGGCUUUUGGACAAUACCAAAAUCAAGAGGAAGAGGGUGACGGAAACGGCAGCCGCCGAAGCUGGUUCGGCCGGAAGAAUAGCUACCGCGCCUCAGCACGCGCCCCAUCGCAGUCAGCCGGCAGCACGUCCCAGUCUUCGGGAGUCUCAGCCUCAUCAUUCUUGCGAAAACUGAUGGGCGGUGGCAAUCAGUCUUUCGAUAUUGCCAUGUCCUCUGUGGACAGGCAAAACCGUUUCGGAAGUAGAGACGCGUCUCUCUAUACCACAUCGUCGUCAGGCACACCUCCACGCUCGCCUUCGGUCAGUGCGGCGAAUAGUGGCAGCUCUAAAAUGAGCCUCACGACAAACAAUCUUAAAGUUCGACUCCAUCUGUUAAUAUCUGCCAGCAAGUGGGAGGACCACGGCAACUGCUUCCUUGAAGUGACAAGACCUGACCGAGGCACUAGGCAGAACCUAAGGAAAUACCAAGGAAUGGAGAAGCGAAUCAUAGUUACGACGAUCCCUAAGAAGGACGCAGACAAACCGGUAGUGGUCCUGGAUGUCGUAUUGGGCAGCCAAUGCUUUAGCCAACUAGGAAGCAGAGGUGUCCUAAUCAACGUAUGGGAAGAAGUGAAGGAUGAGAGUGGACAGACAGGAGUCGCGCCUCAGGGAGGAGGCAGCGGUGGCAACGUACGCAAAUGGUGUUUCCAAUGUUCAUCGGUUGCCCAGGCGAGGUGGAUUUUCGGACUCGUUACGCAAGAGGUUGUAAUUGGUUGA